AUGAAAAAAGUAGUCUCUCGUUUCCUUCAAAAUUAUCAUCAUACGCCUCUGGUCUCAUCACAUCAAGCCAAUUUGGCUCCGUUGAUGAAAGCCUUUUAUUCUACCUCAGCAAUGGGAGAUCAAGAGAAGAAGAAUGAAAUGAGAAAGGUUACCUUGCUACCAGGUGAUGGUAUUGGAGUUGAAAUUUGUAGCUGUGUAUGUGAAUUGUUCCACUAUGCUGGAAUUCCAAUUCAAUGGGAUACUCACCUUGUCACUGGUUCAUUCUUUGGUGUUGGUUCUGAUAGUAAUUUAAACCCAACAAGAAGUAUUGUUCAAGAAGAUAAACGUCGUCGUGAAAUCACAAAUCCAACCGGAGGAACAGCUUACUCAUAUUUAAGAAAGGAAAAGUGGUCUCAAAUUGAUCCAGAAAUUCACUAUCCGGAUUUACAUCAGUCCAUUAUUAAUAACAAAGUUGUAUUGAAGGGACCAUUUAUGACGAGAGAUGUUAGCAAGUCAAUUGACAGAAUGUUGGCUCUAAAAUAUGGAUUGUAUGCACACGUUGUUCCAAUUAAGAUACCACAAAAUUUACCCGAUAGCGUAUUCACACCAUUCCGAGGAGUUGAUUUGGUUGUCGUAAGAGAAAAUACUGAAGGCGAAUAUUCAGGCCUUGAACAUGAGGUGCAACCUGGAGUUGUUGAAAGUUUGAAAAUUAUUACUCGUGAAGCAUCAUUGAAAAUUGCAAAAUGGGCUUUUGAAUAUGCUAAAUUGUCACGAAGAAACAAAGUUGUAGCAAUUCAUAAGGCCAAUAUUAUGAAAAAGUCGGACGGUCUUUUCAUUGAAUGUUGUAAGGAAGUAUCAAAGUUAUAUCCAGAUGUUGAAUAUGGUGAAUUAAUUAUUGAUAAUGCUGCCAUGCAACUGGUAAAGCAUCCCAACUCUUUCACGAACAGUGUUGUUGUCACACCUAAUCUCUAUGGAUCUAUUAUCAGUAACACUGCGUCGGCUCUUGUUGGUGGACCUGGAUGUAUUGCAGGAUUUAAUGCUGCCGAUAUUGAUGAUAUGAACAGUGUUAGAGUGUUCGAACAAGGUAAUAGACACGUUGCCAUGGACAUUUCUGGUAGAUUGAUUGCCAAUCCAAUUGGUCUUAUUCUCUCUUCGGUUCAAAUGUUAGAAUAUAUGGGAAUGAAGAACCAUGCAUUAAGAAUUAAAUAUGCUCUCAGCGAAACACUCAAGAAUGCCUCUACAAAGAUUUUGACUCCAGAUCUUGGUGGCAGUGGUUCUUCUGUUACAUUUAUUGAGGCCAUGAUGAAGAACAUCCCACGAGAAGGCGAUCCUCGUAUUCAUGAAAUGUAA